AUGGCAGAAGGCAGAGCGGUGGAUCUGGACGCCCUUCGGUCUGGCAUCGCGACGCUGCUCAAAACCUCGCUCCGGAAAGGGGACACCUGGUACCUAGUCGAUAGUCACUGGUUCAAACAGUGGAAAAAAUAUGUUGGCUUUGACAGUUGGGACAAAUACCAGAUGGGAGAUCAAAAUGUAUAUCCUGGACCCAUUGAUAACUCUGGGCUUCUUAAAGAUGGUGAUGCCCAGUCACUUAAGGAGCAUCUUAUUGAUGAAUUGGAUUACAUACUGUUGCCAGCUGAGGGCUGGAAUAAACUCGUCAGCUGGUACACGUUGAUGGAAGGUCAGGAACCAAUAGCACGAAAGGUGGUUGAACAGGGUAUGUUUGUAAAGCACUGCAAAGUAGAAGUAUAUCUCACAGAAUUGAAGCUAUGUGAAAAUGGAAACAUGAACAAUGUUGUAACUCGAAGAUUUAGCAAAGCUGACACAAUAGAUACAAUUGAAAAGGAAAUAAGAAAAAUCUUCAGUAUUCCAGAUGAAAAGGAGACCAGGUUGUGGAACAAAUACAUGAGUAAUACAUUUGAACCACUGAAUAAACCAGACAGCACCAUUCAGGAUGCUGGUUUAUACCAAGGACAGGUGUUAGUGAUAGAACAGAAAAAUGAAGAUGGAACAUGGCCAAGGGGUCCUUCUACGCCUAAGUCCCCAGGUGCAUCCAAUUUUUCAACUUUACCAAAGAUGUCUCCUUCAUCUCUAUCAAAUAAUUAUAACAACAUCAACAACAGAAAUGUGAAAAACUCAAAUUAUUGUCUCCCAUCAUAUACUGCUUAUAAGAACUGCGAUUAUUCAGAACCUGGAAGAAACAAUGAACAGCCAGGCCUCUGUGGCCUAAAUAACUAGGGAAAUACAUGUUUCAUGAACUCAGCUAUUCAGUGUUUGAGCAAUACCCCUCCACUUACUGAAUAUUUCCCGAAUGACAAGUAUCAAGAGGAACUGAAUUUCGACAAUCCCUUGCGAAUGAGAGGUGAAAUAGCUAAAUCUUAUGCUGAAUUGAUCAAGCAAAUGUGGUCUGGAAAAUUUAGCUACGUCACACCAAGAGCCUUUAAGACACAGGUAGGACGUUUUGCACCUCAGUUCUCUGGAUACCAGCAGCAGGACUGUCAGGAACUAUUAGCUUUCCUAUUAGAUGGACUACAUGAGGAUUUGAAUAGGAUUAGGAAAAAACCAUAUAUAUAAUUAAAAGAUGCUGAUGGAAGACCAGAUAAGGUAGUUGCUGAAGAAGCCUGGGAAAACCAUUUAAAAAGAAAUGAUUCUAUCAUAGUAGAUAUAUUUCAUGGCCUUUUUAAAUCAACUUUCGUUUGUCCUGAAUGUGCUAAGAUUUCAGUAACAUUUGAUCCUUUUUGUUACUUGACACUUCCAUUGCCCAUGAAAAAAGAACAGACCUUGGAAGUUUAUUUAGUUAGAAUGGAUCCACUUACCAAACCUAUGCAGUACAAAGUGGUUGUCUGCAAAACUGGAAACAUACUUGAUCUUUGUAGGGCACUGUCUGCUUUGUCAGGAGUACCUGCAGAUAAGAUGAUAGUAACUGAUAUAUACAAUCACAGAUUUCACAGAAUAUUUGCAAUGGAUGAAAACCUUAGUAGUAUUAUGGAACGGGAUGAUAUUUAUGUGUUUGAGAUUAACAUCAAUAGGACAGAAGACACAGAUGCAGUGAUUAUUCCUGUUUGUCUGAGAGAAAAAUUUAGACACUCAAGUUACACCCACCACACUGGUUCUUCACUUUUUGGUCAGCCUUUUCUUAUGGCUGUACCAUGAAACAAUACUGAAGAUAAACUCUAUAACCUUCUGCUUGUGGGAAUGUGCCGAUAUGUCAAAAUAUCUACUGACACCGAAGAAAAUGAAGGAUCCCUACACUGCUGUAAGGACCAGAAUAUUAAUGGGAAUGGCCCAAAUGGCAUACAUGAAGAAGGCUCACCAAGUGAAAUGGAAACAGACGAGCCAGAUGAUGAAUCCAGCCAGGAUCAAGAACUUCCCUCCGAGAAUGAAAACAGUCAGUCUGAAGAUUCAGUUGGAGGAGAUAAUGAUUCUGAAAAUGGAUUAUGUACAGAGGAAACUUGCAAAGGUCAACUCACGGGACACAAAAAACGAUUGUUUACAUUCCAGGUCAACAACUUAGGCAAUACUGAUAUCAACUACAUCAAAGAUGAUACCAGGCAUAUAAGAUUUGAUGAUAGGCAGCUUAGGCUAGAUGAAAGAUCUUUUCUUGCUUUGGAUUGGGAUCCUGAUUUGAAAAAAAGAUAUUUUGAUGAAAAUGCUGCGGAGGAUUUUGAAAAACAUGCAAGUGUGGAAUACAAACCUCCUAAAAAACCCUUUGUGAAAUUAAAAGAUUGCAUUGAGCUUUUUACAACAAAAGAAAAGCUAGGUGCUGAAGAUCCCUGGUAUUGUCCAAAUUGUAAAGAACAUCAGCAAGCCACAAAGAAAUUGGAUUUAUGGUCCCUGCCUCCAGUACUUGUGGUACAUCUCAAGCGAUUUUCUUACAGUCGCUACAUGAGAGACAAGUUGGAUACUUUAGUUGAUUUUCCUAUCAAUGAUUUGGAUAUGUCGGAAUUCCUAAUUAAUCCAAAUGCAGGUUCUUGCUGCUAUAAUUUGAUUGCUGUUUCCAACCACUAUGGAGGGAUGGGAGGAGGACACUAUACUGCUUUUGCAAAAAAUAAAGAUGAUGGAAAAUGGUACUACUUUGAUGACAGUAGUGUCUCAACUGCAUCUGAAGACCAGAUUGUGUCGAAAGCAGCAUAUGUGCUCUUCUACCAGAGACAAGACACUUUCAGUGGAACUGGCUUUUUUCCUCUUGACCGAGAAACUAAAGGUGCUUCAGCCGCCACAGGCAUCCCGUUAGAGAGUGAUGAAGAUAACAAUGACAAUGACAUAGAGAAUGAAAACUGUAUGCACACUAACUAACGCAAGUCCUAGAAGCCAUAGGAGAGAGACUUUCCUGCUGGUGGUGUCUGCUGAAAUGAUGCAGUCACCCACCACAUUAAACAAAAGUCUGAGAUGGGAGUUUCAGAUAACUGAAUGUAAAUCCUCUGUCAGAUUUUAACUUGUGCAGUACUUGAAGUGAAACACAAUGAAAACUUUAACAGAAAUUGUCUCUUAAUACAUUUACAGUCUUGUAUUUACAAGCUAAAUAUAUAUAGGAAAUCACAAAUAAAUCCCUUUUA